UUGUCUUCUCUGAUUCUGUUUCAGAAUCGUCAUGAUUCAUGUCUCCCUCCAGUUUUCCUUUUUGCUACCACAUAUUCAAUGGAUUCCUUGUCUUUUACUUUAAUGUUUUCCUUCUCACGUGUCUCAAAUAUUUCUGCGUAUCAAUCCGUCCAAACGUCAAAGUUUGAAUCUGGUUUGCAAAAAUUAUAUAUUUCUUCUACCUGAUAUAAUCCUCCGUCUUGCGCAGUUUCUGCAUCAAUGGCGGAAACUAAGGAAAGGUAUGGUGUUGUUACAGGGGCGAACAGAGGAAUAGGGUUGGAGACUAUGAAAAUGUUGGCCUCCAAUGGAGUCAAGGUGGUUCUCACAGCCAGAGAUGAGAAGAGGGGCCUCGAAGCCCUGGAGAAAUUGAAAGCGUUUGGCUUCUCUGACCUUGUAAUUUUUCACCAGCUUGAUGUGACGGACACUGCUAGUAUCGCAUCUCUUGUGGAUUUUGUUAAAACUCAAUUUGGGAGACUUGACAUUCUGGUGAACAAUGCUGCAAUCAGUGGAGUAAAUAUAGAUGAGUUGGGGGAGGGCCCACCUUUCAACUGGAAGGAAUUGACUCAAACUUAUGAUUUGGCUGAAAAAUGUCUUAAAACAAAUUAUUAUGGUGCUAAGGAAACAGCGGAGGCUUUUCUUCCACUUCUUCAAUUGUCCAAUUCUCCAAGGAUUGUUAAUGUUUCCUCCCAAGCAGGGCUGUUGAAGGGCAUAUCAAACAUAUGGGCAAAAGGGGUGCUUGAAGAUGUUGAGAAUCUGACAGAAGAGAGAAUUGAUGAAAUACUGAGAGAGUUUGCCAAAGACUUCAAAGAAGGAUCAAUGGAAACCAAAGGAUGGCCAACAUUUCUUUCUGCUUAUGUGGUUUCAAAAGCAGCCAUGAAUUCUUACACAAGGAUUCUGGCCAGAAGGUACCCAAGCUUGUGCAUUAAUUGUGUCUGUCCUGGAUUCGUAAAAACAGACAUGAACAGAAACAGUGGCAUCUUAUCUGUGGAAGAUGGUGCUGCUAGUGUUGUCAGAUUAGCUUUGCUCCCAAAUGGUUCCCCUUCUGGCCUCUUCUUUGCCCGCCAUGAGGUGUCCAGCUUUUGAAUUAUAGUGGUUAGCUUCACAUUUUUGCUCAUCAGACUUUGACAAUGCGGAUCCAUGCUGCCAUAUGUUGCCCACAUCUUCCCUAGUCACAAUUGCUUGCAUCACAAGAAAGACAUUGUCUAUUAUUGUUAUCAGUGGUGGUGGUGGGUAUAAUAUAAAGAGGAUUUGAACCCCA